AUGAACAUCAGUGAACUUUCAGUUGAUAAAAUCUAUGUUGAAGAUGUAAAGAAUAAGGUUGAAUUUAUACAAGGAGUUUUUUCAAACAAGAUUAAUCUUGAACCAAAUAUUCAAGGAAAUAUGUCAGCCUAUUUUAGAGAGAUUUGGCUUGAUAGAAUUAUAAGACACGAUGAAUUCUUAUUCCAACAUUUAAAGGAUAAAAAGAAAAAAGCCAAAGCAAAAAGUGAACAAGUGUUAGAGAAAUUAGAAAUGAAAAAUACAAAAUUAAUUGAAUAUGAAGAAGUAAUCUCUGAAAUAAUUUUUUCAGAUGAGAUUUCUAUUAGUUUUAAAU